UCUGGUUCUGUCAACGCCACCUUCAGCCAAGACUAUGCUGAGGGGUCUGGUUCUGUCAACGCCACCAUCAGCCAGGACUCUCCUGAGGGGUCUGGUUCUGUCAACGCCACCUUCAGCCAGGACGAUGCUCAGGGGUCUGGUUCUGUCAACGCCACCAUCAGCCAAGACUAUGCUGAGGGGUCUGGUUCUGCCAAUGCCACCUUCAGCCAGGACUCUCCUGAGGGGUCUGGUUCUGCCAACGCCACCUUCAGCCAGGACUCUCCUGAGGGGUCUGGUUCUGUCAACGCCACCUUCAGCCAAGACUAUGCUGAGGGGUCUGGUUCUGUCAACGCCACCAUCAGCCAGGACUGUCCUGAGGGGUCUGGUUCUGUCAACGCCACCUUCAGCCAAGACUAUGCUGAGGGAUCUGGUUCUGCCAACGCCACCUUCAGCCAGGACUCUCCUGAGGGGUCUGGUUCUGCCAACGCCACCUUCAGCCAGGACUCUCCUGAGGGGUCUGGUUCUGUCAACGCCACCUUCAGCCAAGACUAUGCUGAGGGGUCUGGUUCUGUAAACGCCACCUUCAGCCAGGACGAUGCUCAGGGGUCUGGUUCUGUCAACGCCACCAUCAGCCAGGACUCUCCUGAGGGGUCUGGUUCUGUCAACGCCACCUUCAGCCAAGACUAUACUGAGGGGUCUGGUUCUGCCAACGCCACCUUCAGCCAGGACUCUCCUGAGGGGUCUGGUUCUGCCAACGCCACCUUCAGCCAGGACUCUCCUGAGGGGUCUGGUUCUGCAAACGCCACCUUCAGCCAAGACUAUGCUGAGGUGUCUGGUUCGGCCAACGCCACCUUCAGCCAGCACUCUCCUGAGGGGUCUGGUUCUGUAAACGCCACCUUCAGCCUAGACUAUGCUGAGGGGUCUGGUUCUGCCAACGCCACCUUCAGCCAGGACUCUCCUGAGGGGUCUGGUUCUGUAAACGCCACCUUCAGCCAAGACUAUGCU